AUGACACUGUUCACUAUCAGAAUCGAGAAGAUUGGCCUGAAGGAUGCCGGGCAGUGCAUCGAGCCUUACAUUACAGUCAGCGUAAAGGAUCUGAACAGCAUAGAUUUGAUGCCUGUGCAGGACACGCCUGUGGCUUCAAGAAAAGAGGACACAUAUGUCCAUUUCAAUGUGGACAUCGAGCUCCAGAAGCAUGUGGAGAAGCUGACCAAAGGUACAGCCGUCUUCUUUGAAUUGAAGCACUACAAGCCCAAGAAGAGGUUCACCAGCACCAAGUGCUUCGCCUUCAUGGAGAUGGACGAGAUCAAACCUGGACCGAUUGUAAUUGAACUCUACAAGAAGCCCACUGACUUUAAAAGAAAAAAAUUACAGUUAUUGACCAAGAAACCACUUUAUCUUCACCUGCAUCAAACUUUGCACGAGGACUGAUCCUCACCUGAGUACCCUGGAACUCCUGUGAAUGUUACCAGCCAGUAGCAAGCACCACAGCUCUGAGGAUCUUCACUCUCUUGGGCAGGAAGUGGGCUGUGUCCACCCAGCAGGCCAGCGAGUACCUGGCACGGCUGCAGUUUGGAACCAAGCAAGUCCCCUUUGGACCUAGGCUUACUGUAGGUGCCGGACCAUGCUCUUCUCUGUUGAUUGUGUGAUCCAUAGUCUGUUUUAUAAUUCGCCUUGGAUCCUACCCGGCUUCCCAGAACAGUGCAGCUAUGGGAGGCGUGCUCAUCUUCAGACCCCACACAGCAACAAGAGUGUGCUUGAGUUUACACACCUGCUCCCUGGGGCCGGGCUGUGUGGAGCGACCCCCCAAGUGGGACGGGCUGCUGGACUUCUGGCUCUGACAUCCUGUGUGGAAUAACAUGCCUUGCCCAGAUCAGUGUCCCCAAGUGGUGGCUGUGAUUUCUUUUCCCAGAGAACCAGAUUAUUUUUCUGAAAGUGACAUAUUUUAAUCGUGUUGAUCACCUGUUUUACAUCACAUUGUUAUUUUUUCUGAGGAUUUUAGAGUUACCAUUGGAAGCAUCUCAGAAUAAACACACCUUUUUAGAUGAGUUUACAAUGUCUUUUUUUUUCUUUUGUCUUUUUCUUUUUCUUUUUUAUUGGUACCAGGGAUUGAACUCACAACUGCCUGCUUUAAAGGCAGGCGCUUAUGCCACUGAACUAAAUCCCCAGCCCCUGGGUUUACAGUGUCUUAAGUCAUGUCAUCUGAAAAAUAACUGUGUCUAGUACAAAUGAGAUACUGCAGGAAUAAACGCUGUUUAUCUGACAAGUGAUUGUGAAACUUCAAAC